AUAAUGAAUUGGGGCGGUGAUGUGCACAUUACUCAGGAUCGUCUGGGUUGGGUCCAGUCCUUGUAGGGAGGUGAUGACUGAUCACACAUUUCACUGCAGAUGAGACCCCGGCAGAGCUCAUGGCUGUCAGGGACUGAGAUUGAGGAUAAAUCAAAUAAUGGGUCAAAACCAAAGCAGCAUCAAGGAGGAAAUUGACAUAGCGGACUUGCAACAAAUGUAUAAGAAGUUUGUGACGGAGUGUCCUAGCGGUGCCCUGCAUCUGCACGAGUUCAAGAGACUUUUUGGAGUAUCGGCAAACAAUGAAGCGUCGCAGUACGUGGAUUGUAUGUUCGCUUCCUUUGACAGGAAUGGGGACAACACAAUAGACUUCCUGGAAUACGUAGCUGCUCUGAAUCUCGCUCUUCGUGGGAAACUGGAACAUAAAUUGAAAUGGUCUUUUAAGAUCUACGAUAAGGACGGCAACGGCAGCGUAGAUAAGCAGGAGCUGAAGGAGAUUAUACAGUCUGUUUAUAGUAUUAAGAGGGACUGGAAAAGGGAUCCAGAUGCUCAAUUGUUGAGCCCGGACGAAGUGUGCAACAGGAUCUUCCAACUGGUGGAUGAGAACGGAGAUGGUCAGCUAACGCUAAAUGAAUUUUUAGAAGGGGCCAAAAGAGACAGAUGGGUCUCGAAGAUGCUACAGCUGGACACGACCCCCUGUACCUGGGUCAUGGAGCAGAGACGAAAGAGCACCUUAUUCUAGACAGAACAACUUGUGUUUGGUGUUUUACUAUUGUUCCCCUAUAUGUUCCCCAGUAUUGUGCUUUACAUGACCCUACACAGUCAAUAGGAAUGUCUAACAGCUCUGAUCCUACAAAUUUUAUUGAUGUUAAAGGGGGGUACUCUGCUCUUAGACAUCUUAUCCCCUAUCCAAAGGAUAAGAUGUUUGAUCCCGGGGGUCCCAGCGUUCACUUGGAGCAGUGUGUACGGGCGGCAGAGAUCGUGACGUAACGGCCACGUCCCU